GUAUCAGGUUUUCCAGCGAGUUCUAACCCUGAAAACGUCACUCUUGCCCUCUCUCGCCAUAUUCUCCAUGUAAACAGAAACCACAGCUGAAUUCGUCAUUUCAAAACUUAAACUGAAGACCAUUUGCAUUUGCAAAAUAAUACCGUUACAAUCAAAAGAUGGCCAGUGUGUCCUAUCAUAUCUCCAACCUGCUGGAGAAAAUGACAUCCGCUGACAAAGAUUUUAGGUUUAUGGCCACCAAUGAUUUGAUGGUGGAGUUACAGAAGGACUCUAUAAAGCUGGAUGAAGACAGCGAGAACAAGGUGGUCACAAUGCUGCUGAAACUGUUGGAGGACAAGAACGGAGAGGUACAGAACCUGGCAGUCAAAUGUCUGGGCCCACUGGUAGGCAAGGUGAAGGAUUACCAAGUUGAGACCAUCGUGGACACGCUGUGUACAAACAUGCUGUCAGACAAGGAGCAGCUGCGGGACAGCUCCAGUAUGGGCCUGAAAACAGUCAUCGCAGAGCUUCCUCCAGCCUCCACUGGGUCGACUCUGACCACGAAUGUGUGCAAGAAAAUCACUGCCCAGCUGACUGGAGCCAUCAGCAAGCAGGAGGUGUCAGUGCAGCUGGAGGCUUUGGAUAUCCUCUCUGACAUGCUGAGCAGGUUAAGCAGUACUCUGAUCUCCUUCCACUCGCCCAUCCUGAGCUGCCUGCUGCCCCAGCUCACUAGCCCCAGGCUGGCUGUGAGGAAGAGGGCCAUCAUCGCCCUCAGUCAUCUGGUGCCCAGCUGCAGCGCAGCGAUCUUCACAGAGCUGAUGAAGCACCUCCUCACAGAGCUCUCCAGGAACGAGUCCACCUCCACAACCCGCACCUACAUCCAGUGUUUGGCGGCCAUCAGCAGGCAGGCUGGACACAGAGUUGGAGAGCACUUGGAGAAGAUCAUUCCAGUGCUGGUGAAGUACUGCAGUGUGGAGGACGAUGAACUCAGAGAAUACUGCUUCCAGGCGUUUGAGUCAUUUGUUCGAAGGUGUCCAAAGGAAAUGUCUCCCCAUAUCCCUACUGUGAUUGGACUGUGCCUCAAAUACAUCACCUACGACCCCAAUUACAACUACGACAAUGAUGAGGAGGAUGACGACAAUGCGAUGGACACAGAAAGUGGGGAUGAGGAAGACGAAGAGACAGGUGACGAGUACAGUGAUGAUGAUGACAUGAGCUGGAAGGUUCGGCGGUCCUCAGUGAAGUGCCUGGAGGCCGUGGUGAGCACACGGCAUGACAUGCUGCAGGACUUCUACAAAACAGUGUCACCUGCCCUCAUCGCCAGGUUCAAGGAACGAGAAGAGAACGUCAAGGCAGAUAUCUUCCUGGCUUACAUGUCCCUGCUGAAACAAACACGACCCAUGCAGGGCUGGCUGCAGUCGUCAGACAUCAUGGGGAAGGAAGAAUCCUCUCUUACAAUGCUCAAGAGCCAGGUUCCAAAUGUUGUGAAAGCCUUACACAAACAGCUGAAGGAGAAAAGUAUUAAAUCUAGACAAGGCUGCUUAUGUCUUCUCACAGAGCUGGCAAAUGUAUUACCAGGUGCUCUGGCAGAUCAUAUACCAGCCUUAAUACCAGGCAUUGUGUACUCUCUAACUGACAAGUCUAGUUCCUCAAACAUGAAGAUUGACAGCUUGUCCUUCUUGAAUGUCAUUCUUUGUAACCACCCUCCUGAAGCUUUGCAUCCUCACAUCAAGGUGAUCCUGCCCCCCGUGGUGGCCUGCAUUGGAGACCCCUUCUACAAGAUCACUUCAGAGGCUCUACUGGUAACCCAGCAGCUUGUGAAGGUCAUUCGACCACUGGAAAAGCCCUCCUCCUUUGACUCAAAGCCAUAUGUGAAAGAUGUAUUUUCAAGCACUUUGAAGAGACUCAAAGCUGCAGAUAUAGACCAAGAGGUUAAGGAACGAGCCAUCUCCUGCAUGGGUCAGAUUAUCUGCAACCUUGGAGACCAAUUGGGUGGAGAGCUGCAGCCUACUCUAAAAAUAUUUCUUGAAAGACUCAAAAAUGAAAUCACAAGACUGACAACUGUAAAGACACUAACUUUGAUUGCAGGUUCCUCUCUGAAAAUAGAUCUUAAGCCCGUUCUGGCUGAAGGGGUACCCAUAUUGGCCUCUUUCUUAAGAAAGAAUCACCGUGCCUUAAAACUUAUGACUUUAAUUGCUUUGGACAUCAUAAUUAAGAACUAUAGCGACUGCCUCAAGCCUGCCAUGAUUGAAUCUGUUCUUAGUGAGAUUCCGUCAUUGAUUGGGGAAAAUGAUAUGCAUAUUUCACAAGUGGCUAUAAUGCUCCUCAGCUGCUUGACAAAGGUCUGUCCUUCCUCUUUGUCUAAGAUCAGUGGGUCUGCUUUGCCUGAAGUCUUUAAUUUGGUCCAUUCCCCGUUACUGCAGGGAGGAGCAAUGAAUGCAAUUCUAGAUUUCUUCCAAGCAUUGGUUGUAACCAAAGCAGGUAAUAUGGGUUUCAAUGAGCUUCUGAAACACCUAACAGGUCCUUUCUAUGGCUCCCAAAAGUCUGGUGGAUCAAACAUUAUUCACCGACAGUCCUACUACUCUGUGGCGAAGUGUGUGGCAGCGCUUUCUUCAACCUGUCCGAAGGAAGCAAUUAAUAUGGUUAAUCACUUCAUUCAAGAUGUUAAGAACACAAAGUCGUCCGACUCGGUGAGAAUACUGGCUUUCCUUUGUCUGGCUGAGGUAGGACGUACUAUGAACCUUGGUGGACAGAAAGAGCUCAAAACAGUCAUCAUUGAGUCAUUUUCAUCCCCAAACGAAGAAGUAAAAUCGGCUGCAUCUUACGCAUUAGGUAACAUUUGUGUGGGGAACCUGAAUGAAUACCUUCCCUUCAUGCUAAGUGAGAUUGGAAGUCAACCGAAGAGACAGUACCUGCUUCUUCACUCCUUAAAAGAGGUCAUCAGCUCGUCUUCUGUGGAGGCCUUGAAGCCUUAUGUGGAGGACAUCUGGACCUUGCUGUUCAAGCACUGUGAGUGUUCGGAGGAGGGGACACGCAAUGUGGUUGCAGAGUGUCUGGGAAAACUCACCCUUGUAAAUCCUGCCCAGUUACUACCCAGGCUAAAGAAACAGCUGACUUCAGGUUCACCAUAUACUCGGAGCACCAUAGUCACUGCAAUAAAGUUUACUAUUACAGACCAGCUUCUGCCAAUAGACACACUUUUAAAGGGAUGCAUAGGGGAUUUCCUGAAGACAUUACAAGACCCUGAUCUGAAUGUCAGACGUGUGGCCUUGGUGAUGUUUAACUCUGCCGCUCAUAACAAGCCUUCCUUAAUCCGAGACCACUUGGACAGUGUGCUUCCCCAUCUCUACAACGAAACCAAAAUCAGAAAGGAUCUCAUUCGGGAGGUGGAAAUGGGCCCUUUCAAACACACAGUGGACGAUGGCCUGGAUGUGAGGAAAGCUGCUUUUGAGUGCAUGUACACCCUCCUGGAUAGCUGUCUGGAUCAGCUGGAUAUCUUCGAAUACCUGAACCAUGUGGAAGAUGGGUUGAAAGAUCACUAUGAUAUCAGGAUGCUGACAUUCAUUAUGCUGGCUCGCUUGUCUGCCAUGUGCCCCAAUGCUGUCAUGCAAAGACUGGACCGACUGGUGGAACCACUUAGAGCAACCUGCACCACAAAGGUGAAGGCUGGCUCGGUGAAGCAGGAGUUUGAGAAGCAGGAUGAGCUGAAACGCUCGGCCAUGCGGGCUGUAGCAGCGCUGCUCACCAUCGCAGAGGCUCAGAAGAGUUCUGUCAUGUCAGACUUCACCUCCCAGAUCAGGGCCAACAGCGAAAUGGCUUCCAUCUUUGAAAGCAUUCAGAAGGACACCAUCUCCUCCACCACUGCCACAGAAACAAUGGACACCAGCUAAAAUCAGUCUGUCUGUUACCAAAUCAAGAAUGCUGUGGUUUGAUACCGUCUAACAUUAAGGCACCAUUUUCAAAUGAGAAGUGAUCAACUUAACCAGUUUGUUGUUUUCAUGGUAUAUUGUAAUGCUGUAAACAGAGGGUGAUGUAAUAAAACACCUCUAAGAAUAUUGUGCCAGAUAUUUAAUGAUGUGACUUUUAUGCAACUCUGCUUUUAUUGCGAAUAUCUUGUAUGUAUUCCCUAGUCUGUGAAGUUCAAGUGUUAUAUUUGUUAAUAUCGCAAGACUGAGGACAUGAAUACAUUUAAAUGAAUCUAUACAGAAAUUAUUUCAACUCAGUGGAUUCAUUGGCUAAAGUAGCAAUUACAAGUAUUAUUAUUUUUAUAAUAUUUAUAUUUAUUGGAAAAAGAAAUAGAAGUUACAUGCAUUUGUUACAUAAAGGUUGGGCUCCUAAUAUGUAUACCAAGAUGCCAAAUUUCAAUUGUAUACAGAAUACUAAUAAUGCUAUGAUACAGCCUUAGAAUGUAAAAGAAAGGAGACUUGUACUUUUACUGGAAUACAAACAGACCUGUUUUUUUUUUUUUUUCCGUAGUUUGUGUGGAAUGUUGCUGCAUGAAUGUGAUGUAAGUAAAUAUGUAUUUAUGCAUGUGAGGAACAAUAAACAUCUUCCAACUGCC